CUGCGGUUCAAACUUGUCAGUUACAACUCGCCUCCACUCCGCUCCCCCGCGCACCGUCUCGGCCCCUUCGCCACCGGGGACAACCGCCGAUGGCUCCUCCUUUUGCUGCUCGGCUCGCUCACCCCGCCUCUCUCCUCCUCCUCCUCCUCGCCGCCCUCUUCGCGCCCGCGGGGGGCGUGGAGAUCCUCUCCAAGUCCCGCGUCGAGCGCUGCGCCCGGGACUCUGGUGCUGGCGGCCACCUCGCUUGCGACCGCAAGAUCAUCCUCAACGUGGCCGUCCCCACCGGCUCCACUGGCGGCGAGGCAUCGAUGGUAGCGCAGGUGGUGGAGGUGGAGGAGAACGACACGCAGGCGAUGCAGACGAUACGGGAUCCCCCCGUCAUCACCAUCAACAAGUCCGCCACCUACGCCGUCUACGCCCUCAACUACAUCAGGGAUGUUGCUUACAGACCAGAGGAACAGUUUGUCAGGACCCGUAAAUGCGAGUCAGAUGCCGGUGCUGAAGUUGUUAGAGAGUGUGAAAGGUUACGGGAUCAGAAUGGUCACGUAAUUGAGCAUACCGAGCCGGUCUGCUGUCCAUGUGGGUCCCAACACCGUGUUCCUUCUUCUUGUGGAACAUUUUUUGAUAAAAUGGUUAAAGGCAAAGCUAAUACGGCUCACUGUGUACGUUUUCCAGGUGAUUGGUUUCAUGUUUUUGGAAUUGAGACAAGUUACUCACUUGGGUUCAGCAUCAGAGUACAAGUAAAGAAAGGCUCUUCUGUAACGGAAAUUAUUGUUGGUCCAGAGAAUAAAACAGUUGUUUCCAAAGACAACUUUUUGAGAGUGAAUCUCAUCGGUGACUUUGUUGGUUAUAAAAGUGUCCCAACAUUUGAAAACUUCUAUCUUGUGACUCCACGGAAGGGUGAUGGUGGCGGUCAACCGCAAGUUCUUGGUGACGAGUUCUCCAGGUGGAUGCUAUUGGAGAGAGUCCGGUUUACAUUAGAUGGUCUUGAGUGCAACAAGAUUGGUGUUGGGUAUGAGGCUUACAGAAACCAGCCUAGCUUUUGUUCAAAUCCAUUUUGGAGCUGCUUGUACAAUCAGCUUUGGAACUUUUGGGAGUCUGACAACAACCGGAUAAACAGAAAGCAGCAACCCCAGUAUGUUGUGCAAGGAAGGUUUGAAAGGAUCAACCAACAUCCGCAUGCAGGAGUUCACACCUUUUCUGUUGGGAUCACAGAAAGUGUUAAUACCAAUUUGCUGAUAGAGCUGAGUGCUGAUGAUAUAGAUUAUGUCUAUCAAAGGAGUCCAGGGAAGAUAAUUAGCAUUAAUGUCCCUACAUUUGAAGCCUUAAGUCAAGUUGGUACUGCCCAGGUCACAGUUAGGAACAUUGGCAAACUGGAAGCUUCAUAUAGCUUGACGUUUGACUGCUUAAGUGGCAUCACUUAUGUGGAGGAGCAGUACUUUAUCCUGAAACCUGAUGAAGUGCUUAUUCGGUCAUUUUAUUUGCACUCUUCAACAGAUCAAGCCUCAAAAUAUCGAUGUGCAGCUAUUCUGAAAGCAUCAGAUUUCAGUGAACUUGACAGAGCAGAAUGCCAAUUCUCAACUGCAGCUACAGUUCUUGACAACGGAACACAGAUCGGUCCAACCAAUCAGCAUGCGAAGGGUGGCAUCAGGGGUUUCUUUGAAGCCAUCAAAGCCUUGUUCCGCAACACUUGGGACACUGUGAUCGAUUUCUUCACUGGCCGGUCAUGCAGCACAAGAUGCUCGAGCUUUUUCGACUUGAGCUGCCACAUCCAGUACAUAUGCAUCGGCUGGCUCGUCAUGUUUGGCCUGCUGCUCGCCAUACUACCCGCAGUUGCGGUGCUCCUGUGGCUUCUCCACCAGAAUGGUCUCUUCGACCCGCUGUACGACUGCUGGGAGGACGUGUUCGGGCCGGAAACCCGCGGCGGCCCGCACGCGAAGCACACCAAGAGAGGCCAGGGAGGACACCACGCGGCACACUCCCACCACCACCACCACCACGACAGGCACCAGCACGAGCACAAGAAGAAGGGCAGGAGCGGCGAGGGGCUCGGCGGCCACCAUCACCACCACGCCCUCCACAGGCACGGCGACCCGGCGGGCGAGGGCGACGAGCGCCACCACCGGCGAAGAGCGGCGGCGCUCGGCGUGCAGCACAGGGACGGGCACAAGCACCACCACCACCGGCACGGCAAGGCGGUCCAGAGGGAGAAGGACGGCGGCGAUGCGGAGCACAAGGAGCACCGCGGGCAUCACGAGGUGCACGGCGGGCGCGACCGCCACCGCGAGCGCCACCACUCCCGGGCGGUGUAAAAAUUUAGUUGUGACGCCUCAGGACUCGGGUGUCGUAAAAGUGUACGUAGACUGAAAUGUGAAGUUUGUGGUUUGGAGAUUUGGGGAAAAUGGUCUGGACAGGAAAUUGGGAUCGAUACGAAUCGGAUCAGAUCGCUCGGAAUGGUAAUCAGUAAACGUGUUUAACCAUGGAUCUUAGUUCAACAACAAAUGUGGGAGGAAAAA